AUGCCUCGAUCCCCAGACAGCAACGCGCUGGCCCUUAAGCGCAAGCUGCAACAAGCCGACUCCCAGUCCGAGCCCACCUCCAAACGCCACCACCUUCAGGGCUACGAUCCCAAGGCACCAUGGCUACACGAGACGAAGCCAAUCAACGGAUGGCGGACGCUGGGCAAUCCAGCAGUCUACAACUCGCUACCGCUAGCGAACAUGGUCUCUGCCGUGCAGGACCUGAUCGAUCCGGACUUUGAUCCGCUGACGGCGAUUCUGGACGAUGAGCCUCGCUUUUUGAAACCGCUGCCGGAUCGAAUUGCGCCGGAGGAUUUGGAGUUUUUGCGCUUUCGUGGGGCGCUGUCUAUACCUGAGACUGGGUUGCGGAAUGAAUUGUUACGGUCGUAUAUUCAAUGGGUGCAUAGUUUUAUGCCCGUGCUUAACUUGCAGGAGUUUUUGAGAUGUGUUGCGGAGAAUGAUCCGCGGGGAAAUGUUAGUAUACUGCUUUUUCAAGCGGUGAUGUUUGUCGGGACGGCUUUUAUCGAUUUGAAACACUUGCAGGAUGCAGGGUACUCGACUAGGAAGAGUGCCCGCAAUGCCUUUUACACCCGGUUAAGGUUGCUAUACUCUCUUGACUGCGAGGAAGAUCGUAUCGUCAUCCUGCAAACACUGCUGCUGAUGACCUACUGGUCCGAUCCGGAGAACAGCCUGCAUCGAGAUAUCUGGGAUUGGAUUGGUAUCUGCAAUACUCAAGCACAUUCCAUCGGACUCAACAAGGACCCUUCCACCGGCGACAUGGAUCCGGAGACUCGCCGCUUGCGCACUCGAGUUUGGUGGUGUAUAUACUCACGCGACCGACUGAUAGCUAUGGGCAUGCGGCGUCCACUGCAGGUCAAUGAGGGUACUAGCAACGUACCGAUGCUCAAGCUGGAAGACUUUGAUUUCGAGCCGUAUUCGCCAUCAGUGGUGGCUCUCUUCCACUGUCGACAACUCGAAGACGUCUCACAUCAAAAGCGUCUGGCGACCAUGUUCAUUGAAAAAGCAAAGCUCUGCCAGUGUAUUGGCAGGGUACUGUUCGCACAGUAUGCACCGUCGCAGCGUCAGUUUGGAGCUACAGACCGCACUACGGUCACUUUGAUUCCCCGACAGGCUUCAGAGUCGGAGUUCACGCGGUGCAGCCAAAAGCUCGACUCUUGGUUGAGCGCACUUCCAAAGGACGCCCAGUUUAUACCAGCAUCACGAAAUAACUUCUGCGACGGCGAGGACGUAUUACUCGUACAUGGUGCGAUGCUGCGCAUGCUCUACCACGCCACCACCAGUGCCCUGCACCGGCCGUGGGCCACAUACUCAAAAGAUCAGUCCAAGUCCCGUCUUGAAUGGCGAAAUAUGGCCCGAACCAAGAUGCAAGAUGCAGCCACGGGAAUCACGCAUAUCAUCCAAGGCCUCAACCAGCUCAACCUCACGCGUUUCCUCCCACAGACCGGCGUAACCGUCAUACUCCCGGCUGCAGUGGCUCAUUUAUCCAACUCCAUGUCCGACAACCCGGCUCUCCGAGAAAGCAGCAUCUCCAAUUUCCACCGCUGCGUCCAGGUCCUCCACGGCCUGAAGGAUAUCUACCCAGCUGCUGCUGUGGAAUUUGCCAACCUCGAAGCCGCAAUCAAAAUGCAGACUGGCAAUUUAAACUCCAACACAUUCUUCCAAAUCAUGCAAAACAACUUCGACUCUACAACGGCCCCUGCGUACACCGACGCUAGGAAACCAAGUAGCGCGGACUCUAUUACAACCACUCACUCCCUCCGCUACCUGGAAGAUAAACCCACCGGCGAUGCUGAAACCCCAACCUCCCGCGCACAAGCUGCAUCUACCAAUAUCAACAGCAAUGGCAAUGGUCAGAGCCAAAGCCAUAACCAUCAACACAACAUAAAUACCACCUCCUCACCACAUAACAACAACACCUCCCAAAACACACGCCGCCCCUUCCCCAACGACUUCGACGACCACUUCGCCGUCUCCAAUACCCAAAUCCCCCCCUCCGCCGAAAACCCCUUCACAUACCUCACCUUCGACUUCGACAGCUUCCCGGGCCUCUCCUCCCCUCCUUCAUCGACAAACCCCAACACAAACACUAACACUAACACCCGCAAUCCCAUAAAAGACAUCAACCUCUCCCCAACAACGGACCUCGACGCCAUAGACUGGACCCAAGCCCUAUUCCGAAACAUCUCCGUGCCUGCCCUCGACAAGCCCACCGACACUAUGGACGUCUUUAGCAGCGAUGGCCCGCACCGGACGCAGAGCCUUGCACAGCAGGUCAGCGAGCCGGAGCAGGAUCUCUUUGCGUUUUCGUUGAAGGAUGACGAUGAGGCCGGCGGGGGAUUUAGGCAUCAUUCUACCGGGCAUGGACAUGGGCAUGGACAUGGGGAUAUUACGGGGGAUUUGGAUAAGGAUUUGGGAUUUCAGACUGGGGAUGAAGGGUUUUAG